AUGAAUAGACUUGAAGUUGGUAGUGAGAGUAAUAGUGGCAGUGAUGUUGAUAUUGAAAUAUUACAAAUUUAUCAUGAUGAUGAUGAUGGUGUUAUUAUACCUAAUGAUAAUGAUAAUAAUGAUGUUGGUGGUUCAGAAGAGGAAAGCAUUUAA